AUGACUGAAUCUGCCUCUAGCACAAGUGGUCAAGAAUUUGAUGUAUUCAGUGUUAUGGAUUGGAAGGAUGGAGUAGGUACAUUACCAGGAAGUGACUUAAAGUUCCGUGUAAAUGAGUUUGGAGCCCUGGAAGUUAUUACAGAUGAGAGUGAGAUGGAAAAUGUUAAAAAAGCAACGGCAACUACAACUUGGAUGGUACCAACUGCUCAAGAAGCCCCGACCUCUCCCCCGAGCUCCAGGCCCGUAUUUCCACCUGCCUACUGGACAUCUCCACCUGGAUGUCCCACAGUCUUUUCUGAGAAGACUGGAAUGCCUUUCAGGUUGAAGGAUCCAGUGAAAGUAGAAGGGCUUCAAUUCUGUGAGAACUGUUGUCAGUAUGGCAACGGAGAUGAGUGUCUUUCUGGAGGAAACUACUGCAGCCAGAAUUGUGCUCGACAUAUCAAAGACAAAGAUCAGAAGGAAGAAAGGGACAUGGGAGAAGACAACGAGGAAGAAGAUUCUAAGUGUAGUAGGAAGAAGAAGCCAAAGUUAUCUCUGAAAGCUGACUCCAAGGAGGAAGAAGAGCGAGAUGACGAGAUGGAAAACAAACAAGAUGGGAGAAUCCUGAGGGGUUCGCAGAGAGCCCGAAGGAAAAGGCGAGGUGAUUCGGCUGUAUUAAAGCAGGGUUUGCCUCCUAAAGGGAAGAAAGCGUGGUGCUGGGCCUCCUACCUGGAAGAGGAGAAAGCUGUGGCCGUGCCGGCAAAGCUGUUCAAGGAGUAUCAAUCUUUUCCAUAUAACAAAAAUGGGUUUAAAGUUGGCAUGAAACUAGAAGGCGUGGACCCUGAACAUCAGUCUGUGUAUUGUGUCCUCACUGUGGCUGAGGUUUGUGGAUACAGGAUAAAGCUGCACUUUGAUGGAUACUCUGAUUGUUAUGACUUCUGGGUAAAUGCCGAUGCUCUGGAUAUCCACCCAGUUGGGUGGUGUGAGAAAACUGGCCAUAAACUCCAUCCUCCAAAAGGAUAUAAAGAAGAAGAAUUUAAUUGGCAGACCUAUCUCAAGACAUGCAAAGCUCAGGCUGCUCCCAAGUCAUUAUUUGAAAAUCAGAAUAUAACAGUGAUCCCAUCAGGCUUUCGAGUUGGAAUGAAGCUUGAAGCUGUAGACAAAAAGAACCCUGCAUUCAUCUGUGUUGCUACGGUAACAGAUAUGGUGGACAAUCGUUUCCUUGUACAUUUUGACAACUGGGAUGAGAGCUAUGACUAUUGGUGUGAAGCCUCUAGUCCACACAUUCAUCCAGUUGGUUGGUGUAAAGAACAUCGAAGAACCCUCAUUACUCCUCCAGGUUAUCCAAAUGUGAAACAUUUUUCUUGGGAUAAAUACUUAGAAGAAACCAAUUCUUUACCUGCUCCUGCAAGAGCUUUCAAAGUGAAGCCGCCACACGGAUUCCAGAAAAAAAUGAAGCUUGAGGUCAUAGACAAAAGAAAUCCCGUGUUUAUUAGAGUAGCAACAGUUGCAGACACAGAUGAUCACCGAAUAAAAGUUCACUUUGAUGGCUGGAAUAGUUGCUAUGAUUACUGGAUAGAUGCAGAUUCUCCUGAUAUUCACCCUGUUGGUUGGUGUUCAAAAACUGGGCAUCCUCUUCAACCUCCUUUGAGCCCCUUAGAACUGAUGGAAGCCUCAGAACACGGAGGCUGCACAACCCCAGGAUGCAGAGGGAUUGGCCAUUUUAAGAGAGCGAGACACCUGGGCCCUCACAGUGCUGCCAACUGUCCCUAUUCAGAAAUCAAUUUGAAUAAAGACCGGAUUUUCCCAGAUCGUUUAAGUGGUGAAAUGCCUCCAGCUAGUCCAUCAUUUCCAAGAAGUAAAAGGGCAGACACAAAUGAAAUCUCUUCGUCUCCUGAAACCAGAGACCAGCGUGCUGAGGAUGUCAAAGAAGACUUUGAAGAGAGAACAGAGAGUGAACUGAGGACACCACAUGAAACCCGAGGUGCCCGGGAAGAAAGCAGCGUGCAGCAGGCGCAGCGCCGGUCGGCCGUCUUUCUGUCCUUUAAGUCCCCGAUUCCGUGCCUGCCCCUGCGCUGGGAACAGCAGAGCAAACUUCUCCCCACGGUGGCCGGCAUUCCUGCCAGUAAAGUUUCUAAGUGGAGCACAGAUGAGGUGUCAGAAUUCAUACAGAGCUUACCUGGAUGUGAAGAACAUGGAAAGGUAUUUAAAGAUGAACAAAUUGAUGGAGAGGCAUUUCUGCUUAUGACCCAAACAGACAUUGUGAAAAUUAUGAGCAUUAAGUUGGGCCCAGCACUCAAAAUUUUCAAUUCUAUCUUGAUGUUCAAAGCCGCAGAGAAGAACUCUCACAAUGAACUUUGA